AUUUACACUGAAAUAAGGGGAGGGUUUGAGCUUUCGUGACGCACCGGGCGUAUAAGCACUUUGUGAGUGUGUAAUUUGAACGCAUUAUUUUUUUUUUUUGCUUCAGACAGGCUUCUUCACUUCGUAUGCAGAUGUCCGUGAAUAUGGCGAUUGUUUUUGGCAAUAUACUCAUACUUGUGUUUGCGCACUUUGUAGUUUCUCAAAGACUUCAUCAUUGUGGCGAACCAACCAAAUAUCUGGACAAGCAGCUGGACAACAAAUAUCUGAACAAAUUAGUGUUCAAUGACCGGGACAAAGUGGCUUAUAAAUGUUCUCUGGGUUAUUCGCAGUCAGGUGGAAGUCGAAUAUCACACUGUAUAGGAGGAAGCUGGACACCCUUGAACAUGAACUGCCAAAAGAAGAAGUGCAAUGCGCUGGGUGAAAUAGAGAAUGGGCAAUACAGUCGAGAAGGACAGUCAUUUGGUGAUAAAGCCAUUGCUAUGUGUAAUAAAGGAUAUGUUUUGAGAGGAGAAAGAGUCCGUAUGUGUCUGGAAUAUGGUUGGAAUGGGACAGACCCCAUCUGUGAGGUGUCAAAGAUCAUCUGUUCAGCACCUGCUGUGGCAAACAGAUGGAUUAAACCUGGAGAAAGGACACAGUACACAGUCCAAGACACUGUAACCAUCACCUGCAGUGAGGGAUUUGAUCUGAUUGGCUCGUCAGUGGUCACAUGUGGACCAGAUGGCCAAUGGCUGAACUUGCCUGAGUGUCGCCCUAAAGGUCAGUUCUCAAGAGUUUUAGUUAUUCUCAAAACAUGUCCCAUUCCUGAAUUGGGAAAAAAUGGUACAGUGAAAGAGCUGAAGUCUGUUUACGUGCCGGGAGACCCCUUAUCCAUCACCUGCAAUGAGGGAUUCAUCGGAUCUGGAGAUUUCAUGUGCGACACAAACGAGAAAUGGAUCCCGAAUGAGCCGAAGUGUCGAAUGAUCAACUGUUCAGCACCUACUGUGGCAAACGGAAGGAUACAUGGAUCUAGAUUUCUGUACAAACCCAAAGACAUUGUGGGCGUCAGCUGCAGUGAGGGCUUUGAUCUGAUUGGCCCAGCACAGGUCACAUGUGGACCAGACGGCCAAUGGCAGGGCUUGCCUGAGUGUCGGCCUAAAAGGAUUUCAGCUACUGGUAAAUGUGGUCCAGCUCCAUCACACCCCAACUUUGAGCUCAGAAACGGGUCCCCCACACUAAAAGAGUACCCAUCUGGUUCUCGCAUUCGUUACAAAUGCGGUAUAGGAUACCGCAGGGCCAGAGGGAGUGACAGCAUACGCUGUCAAGGUGGCCAGUGGACAAAACUGAGGCUCCAUUGUGAACGGAAAAGAUGCGGAUCUGCUGGAGAGAUUUCCUAUGGCCACUUUGAGUACACGGGCGUGUCAUUCGGACAUUCAGCUAAAGCUGUCUGUCAAGAAGGGUAUGAGCUGGUUGGCCCACAAAUGCGGACCUGCCGAGAUGGAGGCUGGGACGGGAGGAUCCCUACGUGUGAACCUGUGCACUGUCCUCCACCUCCAGAGGUCAAGGAUGCUGAGAUGUCUGACCCCAUAUAUGACCAUGUUCCCUUCGGUCACGUGGUGUCCUAUCACUGCCGUACUGGUGCUCUGAUUGGUGCGAGAGAGAUACACUGCACACAGAAGGGCACCUGGAGCGCCCCGCCUCCUGAGUGUAAAGACAUUGCCUGUCCUCACCCACAUGUGCCACGAGGGUCAAGAAUGAGGGGAUUUAGGUCUGUCUAUAAAUUUGGGAACACAGUGGUAAUCGCCUGCGCUCCUGGUUUAAGACUUAUUGGACAGAGUUUCAUCACCUGUGGCCCAGACGGGGAGUGGAAACCAAAACUUCCAGAUUGUGAGCGACGGGACAUUAGAUUCAACUGAAAGACACAUAUAAUACAGCUGGCUGUCUUAAAGUCAUAAUGAAGCUCUUUUCUAUGCAAGCUUGUUUCUGCCACAGAAUAAAACAAUUUAAAAGAUAAUUGCGACUUUUUAUCUCACAAUUCUGACUUUUCUGACACAAUUACAAGUUAUAAAGUCAAAAUUACAAUAAAUAACUCUCAAUUGCGAGUUAUAAACUCACAAUUGCGAGAAAUAGUCAAAAUGUCUAGAUAUAAACCUGCAGAUGCAUUAUAAAGUCAGAAUUGCGUGAUAUAAACUCGCAAUUGCAAGAAAUAGUCAAAAUUGUGAUUUUCACACAACUGCAAGUUUAUAUCUCGCAAUUCUGACAUUAUAAUGCAAUUGCAAGUUUAUAUCUUGCAGUUUUGACUAUUUCUCGCAAUUCUUACUUUUUUCUCGCAAUUGCGAGUUUAAAUCUUGCCAUUCUGACAUCUUGUUUCAGAACUGUGAUAUAACUCGCAAUUGCAUGUUAAAAAGUCAGAAUUGCGAGAUAAAAAGUCACAAUUACCUUUAUAUUUUAUUCAGUGGUGGAAACAAGCUUCCAUACUUUUCUUAUAACUCUAUUAUUUAUGUAUUCUGUUAAUCUACAGCAUUAUGGAUACUAUUUUUAUAGCUUGUUUUUGUUGUUUUUUUAAUUCAGUAUAAAUUAAAAUGAGAGAACACUCAAUAUAAAGUCAGAAUUGCAAUAAAUAAACUCUCAAUUGCAAGUUAUAAAGUCAGAAAUGCGAGAAAAAGUCAGAUUUGCAAGAUACAAACUGUGAGAUAUGAACUUGCAAUUUGCAUUAUAAAGUCAAAAUUGCAAGAUAAAGUAAAGUCAGAAUGCAAUUGUAACUGCAAACUCGCAAUUCUGAGAAAAAAGUCAGAAUCGAGAUAAAAAGUCGCAAUUACCUUUUUUAUAUUUUAUUCAGUGGCGGAAACAAAUUUCCAUACUUUCCAUACCAACUGUAUUUCAUUAAAAUGUGCAGAACACUAUUUACUCAAGAGUAUUUAUUGUCAUAAAAGAAGUAUUCUGAGUGAAAAUAAAAAAUUAUUUUAUACAAAUUUAUGUAUUCUGUUAAUCUACAGCAUUAUGGGUACUAUUUUUAUAACUUGUUUUCAUGUUUUUGUUGUUUUUUAAUUCAGUAUAAAAAAACAACAGAGAUGGAAGCAAGAAACGCUUUAAUCAGCACAAAAUAGGCAUAAAGCAACAAUUGGUACAGUAACACUUUACAAUAAGCUUCUAGUUGUUAUAUUAGUUAGAUCUUCUAUUCACACUCCCUCUAAAAAUCUACAAAAUCUUAUCAAACAACUUCCACAAUGAUAAGCAGCAUGUUUGAAUAGUGCAGGUUAAGACAAACACACAAAGCCUCAGUGUCUUGAGAAUGUAGAUGUUUGCUCUUCAUUAGAUGAAGUGAAGGUCUCUCAGUGGUCUUUGACCAAGAUGUUUGCGACUCCAUGAACCUGAGUGAGCUGAGGACAGUCGAGUGUUGCUAGAAGCUUCUGUGAGCCGGACCGCUUGGGAACAAACGUCUCUGUCAGACACAUCGUGGCUCGGCCUGCGAUAUCACUGAGAAAGAAUGAGAGAUGUUAUUUUAUAUUUUUGAGCGAUGUUGUAAAUACAGUAGUGGUCAAUAGUGGUCAUCUCUCUUUAUCCUAAUAUGAAAUAUUUGUUAAAGAUUUUGUAGGCAUAUUGUAUAGCCAAUAUGUUUUAUUUGUGGUAUGUGUAAUGAAACGUGCCAAAUUGUGCCGACAGCAGGCUGUCAUACAAAGAAAUUAUGAACACAAGCAAAAACAAGAGAGAAUCAAUGAAAUAUUAAUAACCGUUGUAGUCAAUGUUUGCUUUUUCCUGUGAGCUUUUUGUAUGCAAUUAUUGUUUUUAAAUAUAAUAAAAUGAAAUAAAGCCUGUA